GCUCUUGCUCAGGCGACGGGGUCCCGUUCUCGAUGGUAGCAGCGUCGCUUCCGGAGGCGCUUCCGGUGGAGGGCGCUGGGGCGGCUUCGAGCCAUGUCGGACUCGGAGGAGUAUUCGUCGUCGGAGGAGGACGAGGAUUACUUGCCCUCAGGUGAAGAGUAUAGUGAAGAUGACGUGGAAGAGCUGGUGAAGGAGGAUGAGGUGGUGGAGGAGGAGAAGCAGUCGCCCCGGGUAAAACGCAAGAAGACUUCCAAAGGCAUUGCAUGCCGGAAGAGGAACAAAGGAGGUGGCUGGUUGGAGCCCGGUGGAGGAGAGGCAUCGAAAGAGGAGGACAGCGACAGCGAGGGUGGCGAGUCAGGCGGGCAUCCGACACAGACAGAUGCACCUGAGAAGAAGAAGGAGGAAGAUGCUCUGUGGGCCAGCUUCCUCAGCGAUGUGGGCCAGAAACCGAAAGCCACUGCCCCACCUCAGGGAACCCGCACACUGAAAGAUAAGCCUGCUGAAGAGAAGGAUUCACGCAAGCCACAGGAGAUGGCCAAGGACCCCCAGAAGCCCAAAGUUGCCAUCACCAAAGUGUUUGAUUUUGCUGGCGAGGAGGUGAGGGUCACGAAGGAAGUUGAUGCUGCUUCAGAAGAAGCCCAGUUGUUCCUGAAACAGCAGGGCCAGAAACCGGUGGGCCCAGCUCCUCAUCCAACGGGUUCUGGGGUGAAGCGGCCAAGCGGCAUGAGCAGCUUGCUGGGGAAGAUCGGUGCCAAGAAGCAGAAGCUGAGCACGCUGGAGAAGUCGAAGCUGGACUGGGAGACCUUCAAGGAGGAGGAGGGCAUCGGCGAGGAGCUGGCCACCCACAACCGAGGGAAAGAAGGGUACCUGGAAAGGAAAGCGUUCCUGGAGAGAGUCGACCACAGGCAGUUUGAGAUCGAGCGCGACAUCCGCUUGAGCAGCAUGAAGCCCUGAGGCUCAUCUGGCCACCGCUGGACAAGAGUAACUCAGUGCUCCAGGCGGAUUUUCUUUUUCACCGCAAUCGUCAAGAGGUGGACGGAGGUCUCUGCAGCAGAGGCUGCCGGGUGGCCCAGACCCCAGCAGGGCUCGGCUGGGUCCUUGGCAGUAGCCGCUUGCCCGGUGGGGGCGGAUGUGGCGGAUAUUUCCCAGGCCUCCCCCCAGCUGGUAGUUAGAGGGGGAUGAAGCAGACUCGCUGGCCCCCAGCCUGGGCACUGAUGGGGCUCGGCACUGGGGGUCCCCACAGCGGCUGUCAUGCCCAUCUGGAAGGCUUCCUUCACAAGGACACCCGGCAGACGAUGGUGAGUGGUUGCUCAUCCUCCUGCUUUCUGAAGAGGCUUCUUCUCGUCGUGAAGUCUCCACUUUAAAAAAAAGCCUUUUCCAAGGGACGUGUGUGUGUUUCUUCUUCUUUGUAACCAAGCUCUCCAAGUAGUUUAACUCCAUUCGUGCUCUCCGGCGGGGGUUCCCAACCUGGCUUCCCAGAUGUUUUCAGAAUACAGCUCCCAUCAUCUCCAGCCACCAUGGCCAAAGGGCAUGAUGGGAGUUGUAGUCCAGCAGCAGCUGGGGACCCAGAUUUGCGAAUCCUGGCUCUACAGGAAUGCAGAGGAUCGGCAGCAUGCGUGCAGAGAAGGCCUGGGCCCAUUCCCCCGCCUUUGAAUAAAGUCUUGAAUCUGGA